AGUGAAUACUAAAAUUGCAUUUUCAACAACCACAAGAAGUGUUUUCUUGAAUAUUCAUAAAAUGUGCAAACUAGGUGCAUGUAUGAAGUUCUUGUGUUUCGUGCAGAGACUUCAGGAGCAGAUUAAAGCAAACGUCCCUGGACCAGGCUGAACUGGAGGAGACAAUUAAGAAGGAAAGAGAAUAACACAGGUCACAGACAGAAAAGCAGAAUGAGGGAACUGAAGCCUUGAAGAUGCAGUUGUCAAACUUAAACAAGGACUUGCAGAACAGUCGGGCAAGAUGUGAGACGUUAGAAAAGGGACUACGAGACGAACAGGAGGCAUACGAUGCUCUAGUGGGUGCUCCAAGGUCACAGUCUCCAGACAGGAUGGACAAUACAGAGCAAGUCCAACAUGCAGGGAAAAUGGGUUCUGGGGAGAGAAUGUGCCAAUUUUCAACUCAGUCAUGUUGUGAUGAGAGUCAGCUUCGUCUUCUUCCAUGCCUUAAUCACCAAGCUACACAGGCGGAUGAGAACUGCAUACACUGUCCUUCCUGUGGCCUUGACUUCACCACGGAGAAGACAACGGUAGAUCAUGUCAGGCGCAAUGAAGCUGCCUAUAAAGUCAACGUUGAUGGUGAGAUGAAAUGCAGCUACAUCGAUGAGGAUCAUGAUGCAAAGGCAGUGGUGUACUGCCACGAAUGUGAUGACAAGCUCUGCUCUGACUGCCAUAAACUCCACGACACGCCGAAACGGAAUCGAAAUCACAGAGUGAGUGAGAUUGACCAGUCAACGAAUAUCCCUAUGACGCAGUGGCUGAAGGAGGCUAUUUGCAGAGACCACCCUGACAACAAACUGCAGCUGUAUGACCACACAUGUAAGAAGGCAGUCUGUCUUAUAUGUGUGCAUGGGGCCCACAAAGAUCACCAGAAUGAAGACCUGUAUCAGGCCUAUGACGUAGCGAAGGGUCAGCUGGAGGAACAAGUGAAGAAACAGCAACUUAAAUUGGAAGAUGUCACUGGCAGGAUGAAAACUGUCACAAGCCACCAAACUGAACUGCGAACUACACAAAGAAGACUGGAACAAGUUGCGACUACAGUUUGCAAAGGUGUUGCUGCAAAGUUGCUUCAUCGACAGAGACAACUCAUGGAGGAAAUUCAAGUGAGUCUACAGUCCCCAUACAGAAUGGUUCAAGAGAAACUUGACGCUUUACAUGGCGUCCAUACUUCUAUAGUAUCAGCGAUAGCCUACACCAAGAGAACACUUGAAUCUACAAGACGAGAUGAGCUGAUUACUCUCACAGAUGUACUGCAGACGAAAUGUGAUGAAAAUCUGAAGAUGAAGCUUCCAGAAGAUGACACGCGAGCCACGAGAAUCCUUCUUACCUUUCAAGGCCAGAGAGCCCUGGAGGAACUUAUCAACACAUUUGGUGGUCUCACCUUCAGUCUCAACAUGGAUCAUAUUCCAGAUUCUCAGCCUACUUCACAAGAGUUGAUGACGAUGACAUUGAGAGAACGACAAGCCAACGAGAGACUUGAGGUUCAAAUUCAACAAAAGUACCUGGACCAGGCUGAACUGGAGGAGACAGUUAAGAAGGAAAGAGAGGAACACAGGUCACAGAUGGAAAAGCAGAAUGAGGAAACUGAAGCCUUGAAGAUGCAGUUGUCAAACUUAAACAAGAACUUGCAGAACAGUCGGGCAAGAUGUGAGACGUUAGAAAAGGGACUACGAGAAGAACAGGAGGCAUACGAUGCUCUAGUGGGUGUUCCAAGAUCACAGUCUCCAGACAGGGUGGACAAUACAGAGCAAGUCCAACAUGCAGGGAAAAUUGGUUCUGGGAGAGAAUGUGCCAAUUUUCAACUCAGUCAUGUUGUGAUGAGAGUCAGCUUUGUCUUCUUCCAUGCCUUCAUUCUGCCUGCAAGCCAUGCCUUGAUCACCAAGCUACACAGGCGGAAGAGACCUGCAUACACUGUCCUUCCUGUGGCCUUGACUUCACCAUGGAAGACAACGGUAGAUCAUGUCAGGAGCAAUGAAGCUGCCUUUAAAGUCAACGUUGAUGGUGAGAUGAAAUGCAGCUACAUCGAUGAGGAUCAUGAUGCAAAGGCAGUGGUGUACUGCCACGAAUGUGAUGACAAGCUCUGCUUUGACUGCCAUAAACACCACGACACGCCGAAACGGAAUCGAAAUCACAGAGUGAGUGAGAUUGACCAGUCAACGAAUAUCCCUAUGACGCAGUGGCUGAAGGAGGCUAUUUGCAGAGACCACCCUGACAACAAACUGCAGCUGUAUGACCACACAUGUAAGAAGGCAGUCUGUCUUAUAUGUGUGCAUGGGGCCCACAAAGAUCACCAGAAUGAAGACCUGUAUCAGGCCUAUGACGUAGCGAAGGGUCAGCUGGAGGAACAAGUGAAGAAACAGCAACUUAAAUUGGAAGAUGUCACUGGCAGGAUGAAAACUGUCACAAGCCACCAAACUGAACUGCGAACUACACAAAGAAGACUGGAACAAGUUGCGACUAAAGUUUGCAAAGGUGUUGCUGCAAAGUUGCUUCAUCGACAGAGACAACUCAUGGAGGAAAUUCAAGUGAGUCUACAGUCCCCAUACAGAAUGGUUCAAGAGAAACUUGACGCUUUACAUGGCGUCCAUAUUUCUAUAGUAUCAGCGAUAGCCUGA